UAACAUCUUCGCUUCACGACGGCACAUUGCCGCUAUUUACAUUCUAUUCCCCACUUAGCUACCCCAAGCCAAGUGCCCGAGCCAGGGGAAGCUCGGAAUGAUGCCGAUAGAGCGCAACGUUGUAUGUUAGUGGAGGCAAAGGUUUCUUUGACGAUUCAACCCCGCAAUACCAUGAGAUCAUCUCCACCGCCACCUGUACCUAUCAUCAGACCAUCUAUUUUCACAAGCAAAGAUCAGCAUCUCUACUCCAAGCUGUCGAUCACGUAGCCUUAUCCCGAGCAAUUAACUGUAAAAGGAAUUAGCUCGGCUCUAUCACGGACCUUGACCAUACUCUCCGUCUAACCUACCCUAAGCGGCAACAAAGACGUUACCACGAGAACAUACAGAGUAUUGAAUUAAAGCUAAGACUACCUGUAACCUAACUUUACCUAAGGUAGUCAGACUUAUUGUUACUCAAGGCGACGUUACGCAAUUCAAUCUAGGUCACACUUCCAGUUGCGCCCUGCUCGUACCUCGGAGUCAGUCAGGUAACAAGAUCACGAGUCCACCGAGCUCCCGCAUACCCGCCUCUAAGUUAGGUUAGGUACCUACAGGUAUCAAGCAAGCAAGCAAGCAAGCAAGCAAAUUUGCUCCUUUACCUAACCUACCUUACCUUACCAGGUACCUUACAUCCCUAGGUAGCCUGUCCACAAUGCCCACCUCCACACUACGCACCCAGCUAGACAGGGACGGCUUCGUGGUCCUCCGUUCGCUCCUCGCCCCGGCGCAAGUCGCGCAGCAGCGCGCGGCCGCCGAGCGCGCGCGCGCCCUCGCGCUGUCCGGGUCCUGGCCCCACGUGCGCACCGUCGGCAAGCAGUUCCCGCCCUGGACCUGGCAGCCGGGCGUCGGCAUCUGGGGCGUCCAGCACCUGCUGAACCCGCGGCUGCCGGACGCGCCCACGUUCGCCGCGAGCUACUUCGGCGACGAGGUGUUGGGCGUGGCCAAGGAGCUGCUAGGUAGCGGACCUAAUGGCAAUGGCAAUGGGGAUGGGGAUGGGGGUGCGGGUGCUUGUUCGGACGACGAGCUCGUCAUGGAACUGUAUAACCUGCUCGUCCGGCCGUCCGACGGCUCGGACUUCCAGCUGCGCUGGCACCGCGACGACAUCCCCGGGGACGCGAGCGCGGCGCAGGAGCUCGCGCGCCUACGCGAGCCGGCGUGGCACGCGCAGUGGAACCUAGCGCUGUGCGACGGCGACGAGAGCCUGGUGGUGGUGCCGGGGUCGCACGCGCGGCCGCGGACCGAGCGGGAGCGCGCGGCGGACCCGUUCGACGCCGACAUGCCGGGCCAGCUCGUGGUGAAGCUGGACGCCGGCGACGUCGUGUUUUAUAAUAAUAAUAUACUCCACAGGGGGCGGUACGAUGGGAGUCGCGAGAGGCUGAGCCUGCAUGGGUCCGUGGGACAUGUGGCUGGGGGGAAGUUGAGGGCUAGGAAUGUGCUGCAGCAUGCGGUUGGCAGCGUGAGUGUACCCUUUUUCAUAUUUCGUGGCCCUUUUUUGUAUCGUCCUUCUUCUGUUGACUACUAUGGCCAUGUCUCUUUUUUUUUUUUUUUUUUUUAUCCAGGCCAAAUUCAAAUCAACAAAACGAGGUGUAAGGUAGCUAACACAAUACGGUGUAGUGGGUAGAUAAAUGUGACUUCAGCAAUCUAGGUGAGAAGCAAAGAGCAAGAGCAGAAGGGAUGCGGGCGCGAUUAGUCAAGUUAGGAAGCGAAAGCGGCGACGUGGGAUAUUCCCUAGAUGAAUGAUGAUGUUGAUGAUGAUGAUAAUGACUCAAGCUAUUUAUUUCCAACAAGCCUAUCAAAAAUGUCCUAAUAAGAAUAAUUUAGGCUCAACUAA